GAUGAGGCCAGUGCGCCUGCGUGGCGUCCGCCUGCCACUUCCUUCGUUUCAAUCCCGCUUCACAGGCGCGGCGGGAGCUGGUCGCCGGAGUUCGUUGCUGCUGCGGUUGCUAUCUGAGGGUUGAUGCGGCGGCUGGCCGGAGCCGACCUCGGGCUCUGAGCCGCCGGCACUGCCGGGCAGGCGCGGCCGGGGCAAGGCUCGGGACAGACUCAUGAGCACCGCCUUCCCCGCGCCCGGGCGUCGCCGCUGCCUCCCUUCUCCUUCCCAACGCCGGUAGCCGGGCCGGCUGGCUGGCGGCAUGUCGUCGCCGACGUGGCUGAGCUGCCGGCUGGCGUUGAGCUUGGGCUCGGCCGGCUCCUCCGCGCGAGCGUCGCGCCUCGGCGGGUGCCGCUGCCUCCUGCUUCUCCUCCGCCGGCGCCUGAGCGCCCUCCGCCGCGCCCCCCGGCCCGAAAACGGACUGUGGCUCCCACCCGCGGCCUCCUGCUUGGGCUCCCCGCGGCCGCUGGGCACGCACCCCAAGAAGGAGCCGAUGGAGGCGCUCAACACGGCGCAGGGGGCCCGCGACUUCAUCUACAGCCUGCACUCGACGGAGCGGAGCUGCCUGCUGAGGGAGUUGCACCGCUUCGAGUCCAUCGCCAUCGCGCAAGAGAAGCUGGAGGUUGCGCCACCAAACACCGGACAACUGAAACACGUGUUCUUCCACAAUGCAGUACCUUUUGUAGGCUUUGGAUUUUUUGAUAAUGCCAUUAUGAUUGCUGCGGGCACACAGAUAGAGCUAUCAAUAGGGAUUGUGUUUGGAAUUUCUACCAUGGCAGCUGCUGCCUUGGGAAAUCUUGUCUCAGACUUAGCUGGAUUGGGUCUUGCAGGCUAUGUUGAAGCUAUGGCCUCCAGAUUGGGCCUUUCAAUUCCCGAUCUCACACCCAAACAAGCUGAUAUGUGGCAAACACGUCUUAGUGCACACUUGGGUAAAGCUAUUGGAGUGACCAUUGGCUGCCUUUUAGGAAUGUUUCCAUUGUUCUUCCUUGAAGAAGACAAAAAACUGGAUGGAAAAAAAUAACCUUUUUACAAUAUUUAUCUAUAUAUAUAUAAACUAAUGUACCUCAGAUAUACAACUAUGCUGUCCCACGUAUAUAGGCAUUUAGAGACAAUAACAAGCAGCAUGCCAUUUUACAUAAAUACUUAACUUAUUGUGGCUUUGUCUUAGUAACAUCUUUUUAGUAACAUCUUUUUAUAAGGGUUUUUCCUUUUUUUUAAAUGUAAAUUUGUUGACAUGCGAUUUCACUUAACACUGAUGGUUGAUCUUUACCAUGUCUCCCUCUUUCUUGGCUUCCUUCACCUGGAUUGUUACUUUAAUUACCUGCCAUUGACGCAAUGUACAGUGUUUGGGUUUGCAGAAUUUCUUAGCUGUCAGAAACGCAUGGCACAAAUUGCCCUGGAUAUUCACAAAAUCUCAGACUUUAAUGUAGUUAGGUGACGGCUGCCUUAGGAAAUAUCAUGCUGUAACUUUCUUGCUUUCAUUUGUCUUGCGGCAAUAUUUGAACUCAGGUGCCUGAAGCAAAGCCAGUUAGAACAGGGGUCUUCAAAUGUGGCCCAUUUAUGACUUGUGGGCUUCAACUCCCAGAAUUCCUCAGCCAGUGUGCCUGGCUGAGGAAUUCUGGGAGUUGAAGUCCACAAGUCAUAAAAGGGCCACGUUUGAAGACCCCUGGGUUAGAACAAGUGUUAACUUGUGGAAGGAGUGAUGGAGAAAUAUUUUAGCAAAGCCAUUGUACAGAUCCAUUUUAUGGUCGUUUUUUUUCCCUCUAGGCAGAAUAUGUCACUAAAUUAUCCAGGUGGCAGCUUAAGAUCAAAGCGACCGUACAAGUUGAUAUCGCCAAUAAUAGCUAGCAUGUAAUGCAGCAGAUUUGGGAAGUGUCUAAAACAGGGGUUCUCAACCUUGGCAACUUUAAAGCAAAGCUGGCUGAGGAAUUCUGGGACUUGAACUCCACAAGUCUUAAAGUUGCCAAGGUUGAGAACCCCUGGGACUCUAAAACAUCUUGCCUCUACAGCAAGUAUUCAUUCUCAGAUUUCCAUUACUGAAUAUUCUCGCCCAAUUGUUUGUGUGCAUGUUUGUUUUGCCACAAUAUAUUUGAAAAUCGGGCUUAGCCUUACCCAACCUAUGAACCUCCAAUCUUGCCUAUCUUUCUAAACCAGAAACAAGCAUAAUAUUAAUCAGGCCAAACUUCAUUCCUGAUCUGAAGGUAUUAGGAAACGGGAUAAAGUUUCUGUUGGAUAUAGAAGGAGAUGUAUCUGGCAUGGUGCCGAACGGGAAGAGCAGUGUGACGGGGAGAAGUUGGAUAUAAGACGAGAGCAGAGGAGAAUUUAGAAGAAAAAUAAAGCAAAAUAUUAAGCCUUGAAAUAUAUGGCUGCCCUCCCCCCCCAAAUGUGCUGAUUUUAGUGUGAAACAAAUUUCUGCCACUGUUGCAUGUUUUUCUGCUUUAGCAAUUCAGGAGUAAUGAUAUAUGUGUCCUUGUCUGUGAAUGUCAAUGGGGGAAAAUGGUAAUCAGUUGGUCUAAAAUUGACAUUGUCUGGACGAGUGCAGAUUUUAAUUUACAGAAAUAAACUUGUUUACUUUUCAUUUAAUAGGGUUUCUUUCAUUUUGCCUUGUGCUUGCAGUUACUGUGCAGUAUUCAAAGGAACUGAAACUUCCUAAAGAGCAUUAUGUUUUCUUGAUUAUGUGGUGGGUAUAUUCUGAGCAUUUUGUUUUUAUUAAAUAAAGAGGACCGUUUGUUCA